GCUGUCCCGCUGUGUGAGUUAGUCCCGCUGUGUGAGUUAUUACCGCAGUCCUUACAGCGCCUCUCUACUAGUGUUUUCGCUUUGGGUGGACACAUUUAUGGAUUUAUGAUUCACUUUUCUUCCAUUUUCUGGACAGAAGAAGCUCACACUUUUUUAAAAUUUUGAACUGUUUUAACUUUUUUUUUUUUGUGGGAAGUUUGCUGGCAUUGUUUCUCAUCUCUGCACAGUGAUUUUGGUUGAUGACGCGGUCUAACCAAGAUGGACACGGGUUGUCUAAUAGAUAACAGCUUCACCCUCUCACUCUAAAUGUAGAGAUUUUUUUUUAUUUUGUAUUAUUAUAUUUAUUCAGUGGAUGUAAGCGCAUGUGGAUCCUAUAAUGAACAUUUUCCCACUGAAGUUUCGGUGAACUUUCCUCCCCCUCUCCCUCCCUCCCUCACCCCCCAAAAAAGACUCGCCAUGUCGGGAGUGGUCCGCACCCUGAGCCGCUGCCUGCUCCCGGCCGAGGCCAGCAGGGACCCGGCCAGCAGCAAGGAGGGGAGCCGGGAGAAGGACGCAGCGCAGGAGCGGGAGGCACGGCGCAGGAGCCGGGAGAUAGACGCGAUGCUCGCCCGGGAGAGGAGAGCUGUCCGGCGGCUGGUGAAGAUCCUGCUGCUCGGGGCCGGAGAAAGCGGAAAGUCCACAUUCCUCAAACAGAUGCGCAUCAUUAAUGGACAAGAGUUUGAUAAGAAAGCACUGCUGGAUUUCCGGGACACUAUCUAUGAUAAUAUACUGAAGGGCAUGCGUGUGCUGGUGGACGCCCGGGACAAGCUGGGCAUCACCUGGCAGACCUGUGAGAACGAGAAACAGGGCAUGCUGGUGAUGUCGUGGGAGGGACGCGUGGGCGCCACGGGGGUCGAGCCCAGUGAGUUUCAGCUGUACGUGAUGGCGCUGAGCGCACUCUGGGCAGACACCGGCAUUCAUGAGGCCUACGCACGACGCUCUGAGUUCCAACUGAGUGAGUCGGUUAAAUACUUCCUGGAUAACUUGGAUCGCAUAGGUCAACUGAACUACAUCCCAAGCAAGCAGGAUAUUCUGUUUGCGAGGAAGGCGACGAAGGGGAUCGUGGAGCAUGACUUUGUCAUCAAGAAGAUUCCGUUCAAGAUGGUGGAUGUUGGAGGUCAGAGGUCCCAGAGGCAGAAGUGGUUUCAGUGUUUCGACGGGAUCACAUCGAUACUCUUCAUGGUUUCAUCAUCAGAGUAUGAUCAGGUCUUGAUGGAGGACCGCAGGACAAACCGUUUGUUUGAGAGUAUGAACAUCUUCGAGACGAUUGUAAACAACAAGCUCUUCCUCAACGUGUCCAUCAUCCUCUUCCUCAACAAAACAGACCUGCUAGUGGAAAAGAUUCGAAUAGCAGACAUCCGCAAACACUUCCCCGAGUUCAGAGGAGACCCGCGCCGGCUAGAAGACGUACAGGCGUUCCUGGUGCAGUCGUUCAGCCGCAAGAGGAGAAACCGAGGGAAGCCACUGUUCCACCACUUCACAACUGCAGUGGACACAGAAAAUAUCCGCUUUGUCUUCCACGCCGUGAAGGACACCAUCCUGCAGGAAAACCUCAAAGAUAUCAUGCUGCAGUGACCGUCACGCUGCAGCCGACGGCUUCUCUGACUUUAAACUGUGAAACCAGCCAUGAAUCCAGGCCGGAGAAGGCCUGGGUGCAUUUUAACACUGACCUGUGGAGCAGUCAGUUGACCCACCGAGUGGAUCUAACUGAACUUUGAACUCUGAACCUGUGGAGCCAUGACUUUGGACCAGUUGGCCCCUGUUGGCCCCCUGUGGAAACUGCAAGGGUCUACAAGGACAAGACCCUGCAUUUGACCUGUAUAAAUGUGUGUUGCUGGAAAGACAGUCACAUUCUUCUUCUUCUUCUUGUACAACUCGCCUUCGUGCACAGGUUAAGAAAUGUUUAAAAAAGGAAAAAAGAAAAAAAAAUAGAGAAAAGCACCCACUACAUGACACAGGCACUGAAAGUGUUAUUUUCUCUGAUGUAUAUAAGACUAAUGACAACCCUGUCACUAAACCAAGUCAGACUGCUGCCAGCUGAAAUCCAGUAAGUUCAAACUGCGAGAGCAAGAAGCAGGAGGGAAAGAGAGCGAAAAGAAAGAAAGUUUAGAGAGAGCUGAAGAAUGUCUUGUCCUAAUAUACACGUGACAGAGGAAGAGGGGUGAGGGUUUGGGCCCGUACUGGUCAUAUGCUGUGUUAUGUGAUAAGGUUGCACAAGUGUUCCUGUCAAUGAACUUUAACAGAGGAAAGAGAUUAUCUCUCUUAUACUCCUCGUUCUCUCCUGUACUGUCUUCUCUCUGUUUCUCUCUCCUUCUUCCCUGCUUGUAUUUAUUCUCCUUAUCCCACCAUCAUAGGAGAGAUGAACAGCUGCAGAUAGUAAGACUUAUCCUCUCCUCUCCUUCCCGGCACAAUUGAGAGAUUGUUCCUCUCUCCGGCAGAAACAGUAAACGGUUAAAUUAGAGACUCUUCUUGGGUUAAAGAAAUACGCACAUGCAGAAAUACACACAGUUCCUGGUGUUGCAUGAAUUAUGGUUCAUCUCUCUCCUUAUGCCUUUCUUCUCUUCUCACCAACAUCCCAGUAGAUGAACCACAAUUACCCCAGACUUAACCUGAAGCAUAUUAUAAGUGUCCCUUUUACAAGAAGGUUUAGGCAUAUGGUUACACUGUUUGGUCCUGCUCUUUUGUCCUGUGAACGUGAAGGGAACAGCAGAGAAUGACAGGGUUGAACCAUAUAUGACCUUAUUCCCAUGUUGCUGGCAGCCAUUUUGGACUUUUGUAGCAGUCAGGGUGGGACGGGUGGGCACAAAACAGCAACAAGUGAUGGAAACAAUCCACACUGAGCAAAAAACAAGAGUGAAAUUAGCAAACGUAUACCAGUGUUGGUGAUGCUUCAUUUUAUAGGUCUGUAAAAAAGUUUCUUUAAUUACAGAGAAAGUACGAAUUUAAUUGAAAUACCCACUUCAUUAAAACUCAAAUUUAUGAGUAAAUAAUCAUUCAUUAUUCAUUCAUUAUUUGGACAUUUAAUUCUCUGGAUAAAUUGAAUUACUCGCCUAAAGUCAAAUUUCCCAUUAUGCAUAUUCACAGUCGACUUGCUGCGCUUUGACUAAAAACUCCAGCAAGGUUAAACUAGCAAAUAAUUAAUCAUGUUUACUAAUUAACCCCUUUGCUUUUUUAUGACCGACAAUAAGCACCAAAUAAAUAUAUAUUUUUUUACAAUAAUUUCUUUAUUUUAGGACAUUACAGACUCAUAAAAUAAAGCAUUACCCAAACCAUUGCCUGGUAUUUUCUAUUUGAGGACACUUCUGACCAACACUAAGCAAUACAAUAGACUAUACAGACAAUAAAUUAUCCCCCAUGAAUCAUUUUAACUUUGUUGUAGACGGAAAAAAACUAAAACUGAUUAAUCGAUGAGUCGAUCUGCCAAAAAUGCAUCAACUAUUACUCAGUUUAUUGUUUAUAAGUCAUCAAGCAAACACUCGAUUGUUCCAGCUUCUCAAAUGUGCUCUACUUGUUGGUUUUCUGUAUGUUUGGUUAUGAUAGCACUAAUUGAUAUAUUUAUUAUUAACAAUGGAAAAAAAUGACAGUGUAUUGUAACAGAGUCCCUUGUAGUGAUUAUUGGAGAAUUAUGACCCGAAUAUGCAAUUAUCUUCAGCUCUAUGGAGUAUUUUAGCAUUCUUCAGCUUGUUGUUUCUAUUUGUAGCAACAGAAAACCCCCUUAUAAACGCACUGUAUACUACCUGCCCAGCCCCAAACAACAGACAGUUAGCAGCUCGCUAAUGUAGUGGAGCAUUUAGCAGCUAAAGAGUCAGAUAGUCCCCUCAGGAGUUGGUAGAGAUCAAACCUAAAAAAUAAAAGGAGUUAAUAUUUGACAUAGGUUCACCAGGUGGCCAAAAACAUUCCGCAUUACGACUGAAGUUAGAUGUGUAAAUAAAUGACUUUACUAACACAUUCAUUGAUAAUAUGUCAAUGUUUCACAACUUGUUACGGCGCCCCCUAGUUACCAGAAAAUCAAUAAGGUUGAAAGACCAAAUGACCUAUGAAUCGAUCAAACAAUAAACCACUGAUUAGUCACUAUUGAAAGCACUAUUUAUGCCUGUUUCACCAGUGGGAGUUAACUGGUAAUGUUGCAUCAAGUAAUGUUGCUAUGGUGACUUGCAGUUAAAUAUUCCUCGUGCACUGAUUUAGAUCUGUGGUAAACUGUUCACCAGAGCUAUGUUUGAGGUUUCCUACUAUAUGACUUUAAUGGAUAACUGCAAGCACAUCACAAAUGUGUAUUUUGAACCCCUAUUGUUGAACUUUUGAACUCUUAUAAUCAGUUUCUCUCUGAUAUGUGUAUGAAUCUAUGAAAUGAGAUUUGAUUCCCGGCAUUCACAUGAUGUAGAUUUUGGUACGCGGCACUAGGACACAGCUGCUCUUCCCACCCUGAGUAUCAAGUCCAAAUGGCCUCAAGAGGAAUGAGGCUAAUCAUAAGCACUUCCACACACCUUAUUAUAAUACUGUAUUAAACUGUGUAAUUUAUAUGUGUUUGUGUGUGUUUGCAUAGUGACAUUUUGUGCAUGUUCAUUCGUCCUGUACAUAGAAUACUGUAAGUGUUUGACCGACACUGUGUGUAAAACCUUACCAUACAAACACCACUCUGUCUAACAGUAUCACUGUAACUGUAACGUUGCUGUAGCAUUUUUGUCGUUAUCACUAACUUACCUUUUCCACUCACAUGAGUUUUUCUACACGUCGUCAUUGCACUGGAUGUGUCUGCGAGAAAAAAAAACGACCAGCAAAGGAAAACGUCUGGAGGACAAAAACGAAUUAAAAAAAAGAAAUGAAACAAACAAACAGACGGCAGACUUUGAAAGGCGAGCAGGAUGGAGGCAGAGGAUGAAGAGAACGAGGGAGGUCUCUCACUCGCUUUACACGUAUGGUCUGGUCUUUUUUUUUUUUCUUUUUUUUGGGUCUGCUUUUGUUUUUUUGUUUCCCAGUGCCUUGGCUCUGUGCUCUGUGGUGAAAUACACUGCCGUUUGCUGA